AUGAAAGAGCUGACAAUAAAAAAAGGACGGAAAGUGGUUGCAAGCAUAAUUACCAGUACACCAGUAAAAAGACAGUUAGAGGAAAAAUUGGAAGUCGAAAAGCAGAAAGAAGAGGCCAAAAGGUUGAAAAUGCUGAAACGCGACAAGGAAAAAGGCACCAGAAACAUGAAACAAAGUCAGCCCGCUAUCACAGCAGAAAAUGAAGAAACAAUCUGCCCGUGUUGUAAUGAACGUUUUGAAGAUCCACCCACAGAAGAUUGGAUUCAAUGUUCGCAGUGUCUAAGAUGGUGGCACGAGUCCUGUAGCGAUUAUGAAGGAGUGGGAGCGUACACAUGCGAUGUUUGCUAA